CACUUGUUACUGGGCUCUGAUUUGAGACUACCCACUCUGCCCCCCGACUACGUCAGUCUCCAAGUUGAAAGUAGUCGCGUUGUCUGCUCAGGCUCCUGCCUUCAGGAAAAUUCUUUUGAACGGUUUUCUACAUUGUUCGUCUGUAUUGAGACAAUUUAAUGGAGGCUUUCUCGGAUAGUGCAGGAUGAUACACACACUCAGCGCAGCAUCAGCCGCGGGCUCCGAGAUAUUUGCUGCCAUCGCGCUGCUCAUCAUCUCCUUGGUGGUCCUCCUCAUCCUUCGACAUUACCUCCCGCUGCGAACGACGCCGUCCUACCUUCUCGUCCCUGUUUUCUUCGCCCUGUGGCUGCCGGCCUUCAUCGUACUCCUCGUACCCAUCGAUCUUGCUUCGAGCGCUGCGACCGACGAUGACGCUGCGAGGGGCAUUUGGUUUCCGGAGCGCUUGCUCUUGGUGUCGUGGAGGAUCACGUACUGGCUGACUUUCGUGCUUACAUGGUUUAUCCUACCCAUACUCGCCGAGUAUUCCGACGCCGGGUAUCGAGAGCCGAAGGACCGCAUCCUUUACUCAUUGCGCCAAAACGCGCAGUACCAAGCGAUCCUGCUCGGUUCUGGAAUCAUCGGGCUCCUAUACUUCUUCAUCUCCUAUGGAAUUCAUUACGAGUCCUUCAAGGGUCUGGUCAUGGCUCUGGCAUACUGCUGGGGUUUGGUGCUGGCAAUCUACCUCAUGGGCCACGGACUUGUUGCGAUUCCCCGGGAGAUUUUCAGGAAAGCCAGUAUACCUGGGAGGCUCAAGAGACUACAGGCGCAUGCGCCAGGACUACAUGAAAAGAUGGAGGAUGCGCUCUUGACUCUGGAGGACUUGGAGAUGCAGGUCUCGGAACUGAGCAGGCGCAAGACGGGCAGUGCCAGGGAUUUCCAAGACUGGAUCGAGGAGUUGGCCGACAUGUGCAACAUGCCCGAAUCUCGACCAACCGCCGCGGUCCCUCGCUCAGAUGUCGACAGUCGCGUUCUUCCAACGGUGAUUACGGAGAAAUACUUGGCGGAUCUCACGCGGCGACUCAUUCAGUCGCGUCAUGCCAGAUCCAGAUACGUCGAAGAAUGGCAUCGUCUCCUACAGGAUGCUGCAAAGGCACAGGCAGUUUUGGACUCGGCGGCUUCUAAAAAGCUCGAUUUUGGCCGGCCUAGCCCGGAUGCGUCGACGCUCGGCAGCAUCACUCUGCUCACGCCCUAUACCCGGUACCUACUGCAUUUCCAUGUUCUGCCUUCGUUCAGAAUCUUCCUUGGAGGUUUCUUCGCCUUGGCGUCUGCGUGUAUCAUUUGGUCCGAGAUGGUCAAGGUAGCGCUCCCGAAAUUAUCGGUAAUCCGCCUCAGCGUGGUCCACCACUGGACGGGAGACAAAGGCCAGGUCGGGUUGGCCGGUCAAGUCAUCGCCGCGCUCUGGAUAUUAUACAUGUGCGCUGCCGCCCUGACCUCCGUGACCGAGGUCAAGGUGUGGCGAGGCCGUGCCUUGGUCCGCCGCAACACGGGUCACGAAUCCGCAUUCUGGUACGCCAGCCAGGUCGCGAGACUAAGCGUGCCGCUGUCGUACAAUUUCAUGACCUUCCUUUCGCCAUCGAUAUACACCAAGACGAUAUUCUAUCGGUUCCUCGGAAAACUGAUCGACCUAACGCCUCUGGGAAAGUGGUUUGAUAAUCUCUUUCCCAUUCUUGUCCUCAUCCCCGUAUGCGCAACCCUCUUUGGUCUGUACGGCAAGGUGAGACGAAUGCUUGGCUUCGACCUCGAGCUCGUGGAUGACGAGGAGGAGAACGAGACGGGCUACGGUACUGGUUCCUGGCGAGAAGGCCGAGUCCUGAUCGAGCGCGAAUUGAACGGGACGUCCAUUUCCAGAAGGAGAGCAGACCCAAUUUUCAGGGCCUCGGGGGCUCGAGCUACCCCUAUCCUGCCAGUGCCUGCAUCUAGAAGUGAAAGUGGGGCCAGGACGCCAUUUGCCACUUCACCCGGCUACCACGACAACCCGACCAGAGGCGGAGAGCAGUCUUUGCGCCCAGGCCCGGCCGCUGAUCCGGAAGACGACAAUUUCUUCACGAGUUUCGGCCAUCGGUUCAAAAAUACGAUUGAUGGGAUAGAUACGCCAAAGUGGAUUCAGGAGAUCGGGGAUGGCUUCAAGAAACCCAAGUGGAUGGGUGGUAACGAGGAGUCUCAGGCUAGUGGAUCGGGGGCGGCUGGAAGCAAUAUAGAUAUUCGGAGGUGGUUUGGGGGUGAUGGUAGUAUAAGGCUGUGAGGAUAGAGUUUUGAGAUAGACUAAUCGGAAUAGAACAACACGAGCA